AUGAGAUGGAGGAGGAGUGAUUGUACACUGAGGAGGCUUUCAUCUGAUGUAUGGAAGCCUCUGGUGCCAUUACUCCGCUUUAGCGCCACCCUUGUGGUCGUGGUGUUAUAUGCCCUGGCAGAUCGGCUCCGCAGCUUUGUAGCUGACAUCUUCAUUCCCCAGUACCACUACCCGUUUGCUGUACCAAUCACCUUUGUACAGGUGUUGGUGACUCUGCUAUACUUGCUGGUCCUCCAUGCCGUGGGCCUGGCACCACUGAAGCCCUACUCUCUGUCUCUGGGAGAGCGCCUGCUGGUGCCCUCUAUCUGUGGGAGUGCCCAGGCUGUGCUGGGUGUGUGGGCAGAGGCCAGUGCCCACUCUGGCAUGUACCCACUCACCAUGGGCCUGCUGCCUCUGCUCUGUGUGGGCUGGAGCCACGGCCUGCGACUGGCACUACUCCCGUCAGUCCACCUAAUGGGCCUUAUCACAGUCAUCACUUUCACCUCUGUCACUAUCACAGUGUCUCAGGGUGUCCCGUCAGUGGAGGUUCUGGAGUGGCUCUACGCCCCACUGGCCCUCCUUCUCCACAGCCUCUCUCUGACCUGGCUGGCCAAGGUGGCUGAGAACAAGCACCGGCACCACAUAAGCUCCCACAUCUCACCCUUUGACCUGUACUUCACCCUGAUGGUGAACCAGAGCCUGGUGCUGGGCGUCCUGUGCCUGCUGCACCCAGAGGGCCCCCGGGCACUGAGCGAGGGUAGCUGGCAUAGUCUGCUAUUCAUGGGGUACCUGCUGGCCAUACUGCUGCUGGGAGCGCUACAGAAUCUCUUGGUCGACAUGGCCGCUCUGGCCUUCUCACCGCUGGCUGCAGCACUACUUCACACUGCACAUGGAUUAACAAGACCUUUGUACAGCCUGUUGUAGAGAUCCAACAUAGAGGAUGAAGUUGAUGGUAGAGACUAGUCAGUCUGAAGUCAGUUUUGCAUUCCUCCUAAUGAUAAAAGGGAGGAUUUGUCAAGGAUAAUCUGAUCCUAGAUCUGUGCCAGGUGCAGGAUACAUAGCUUUACUACAGAGCAGUAUAAUUCACUCUAAGGCCAAGACUUCAACUCCCAUGGUGCAUUUCUUGGGACUUUUACUACGAUUGCAUUUUGUUCCUAACCUUUGGGCUGGAUUGAUUGUUAACUUCAACCAUACAGGAAUUAUCAGGUGACUUGAAUAAAAUCCAAUCAAGCUUUAUUUAUACAGCACAUUUCAGACAUGGAAUGCACUGCAUAGCAGUGAAAAUCAAUGCUGUGCUUUCUGAUAACGCUGCCAAGGGGUAACACACAUUUGGGAGAACAAGUAUUUGAUACACUGCCGAUUUUGCAGGUUUCCCUACUUACAAAGCAUGUAGAGGUCUGUAAUUUUUA